CCGACAGAGCCUCUCAAAAAAAAAAAAAAAAGAAAAGCCAUCCAAAAGUGAGAAGGAAAAACAAAGUUGGUGUAACUGGCUGCUUCGGAAAACUCAUCCGGAUAACGGGCUAUCUAACCCUAUAAUUACGAGAAAGGCCCGAGUUUUAAGAAAUGAGUUCGAAAAUGAGUUGAAGAAGAGGAAGGCACUCUUCCUACAAGACAAGAAGUGGUAGCUUAUAUAUAAGACGCGUCCUUUUAAAGCGAUUGUACAGUGUGGUAGGACUAGGGUAGGAAACUGGACGGCAUGGCGACUUCUGUGUUAAAACACAGGAGAACCCUUAAUGGUAAAACCUCAAGCUUCCGGAGCAUGUCGGUGGGGAGGGACUUAACCGCGGAACCCAACAUCCCCGGGUGCCGUUUUCCAGCCGGAGUCGGGGUCAGUUAGCCUUUCCUACUGCGCAGGCUCAAUGCUACUUACCCGUAAUGGAAGCAAUGUGGCUCGUGUGUGUGGCGGCGGCGGUCGUGGCAUGGGGCUUCCUCUGGGUUUGGGACUCCUCAGAACGAGUGAAGAGUCGGGAGCAGGGAGAACGGCUGGGAGCCGAAAGCCGGACCCUCCUGGCCAUAGCGCACCCUGACGAUGAAGCCAUGUUUUUUGCUCCCACAGUGCUAGGCUUGGCCCGCCUAAGGCACUGGGUGUACCUGCUGUGCUUCUCUGCAGGAAAUUACUACAAUCAAGGAGAGACUCGUAAGAAAGAACUUUUGCAGAGCUGUGAUGUUUUGGGGAUUCCACUCUCCAGUGUAAUGAUUAUUGACAACAGGGAUUUCCCAGAUGACCCAGGUGUGCAGUGGGACACAGAGCAUGUGGCCAGCGUCCUCCUCCAGCACAUAGAAGUGAAUGGCAUCAAUCUGGUGGUGACUUUCGAUGCAGGGGGAGUAAGUGGCCACAGCAAUCACAUUGCUCUGUAUGCAGCUGUGAGGGCCCUGCACUCAGAAGGGAAGUUACCUAAAGGGUGUUCUGUGCUCACACUUCAGUCUGUGAAUGUGCUGCGCAAGUACAUCUCCCUUCUGGAUUUGCCCUUGUCUCGGCUUCAUACUCAGGAUGUCCUCUUUGUGCUCAACAGCAAAGAAGUGGCACAGGCCAAGAGAGCCAUGUCCUGCCACCGCAGCCAGCUCCUCUGGUUCCGCCGCCUCUACAUUCUCUUCUCCCGGUACAUGAGAAUCAACUCACUGAGCUUCCUCUGAAGCCUUGAAGGGUUUUCAGAUCCAAGGAACAAAGGGGAAAAUAGACAAAGGUGUGCAGGGGACCUGGCCUGGCACUGGCUUAUUUGCCUGAGCUCAAGGAGAUCCCCGCUGGAGCAGCCUCUGCAAAAGGGAGCCCAUGUAGGCCAGGGGCUGUCCAAACUCCAGCUUCUUCCCCUGGGAAAAAACCCAAAGAACCAAAAACAAACCACCCCAAGGAUAAUAAUAGCUACCCUGCUAGCUUCUCAAGUUCUUGUGAAUCACAAUUUACAUAAUGACACAGUAUAUGUGGAACACCUAGCCCAGUGCCUGGGCAGGUCCCUAUUAUCAUAAAUGAAUGUAAAAGUGCUCUAAAAACACUCCACAGAUGUGACUUUUACAUUGUUUCCAAAGUAAGGUCACCAAAAACACAUACAUAAAAUGCAACAGUGUGUGUUGAA